AUGCUUCAAACUUUAGUUGUCAUUUGUCUUGCUCUAGCUAGCAGAGUCACUGCGACGCCUACAUUCAGCCUCUUCCCUGGCACAAUCUUCGAACAGUUCCCAGGUUUCGAAGGUGCCACCAUCUUGACCUCUCAAGGAGGCCAUGCAAAAUGUGUUCGAGGAAACCUCAAUGUUCAAACCUCUUCUUCCAAUGUUAAACUCAAUUAUGAUGGACCAUCUUCACAGCUUGCUUUAACGGAGCUUGUACUUGAAAAUCUUCAAGUCAACAGUCCACUCUCGGCUUCCGUCGUCGGCGCCAAAACUCAAGUCAGCGGCUCGUACAAGAUUAACAGUCAAAUUUGCUGGCCAUCCAGUGGUAGCAUGAAUGCUAGCUCUAUUCAAUUUCUGACUCAUGGUGUUGGAUUCGACAAAAGUUACUGGGAUUUCUAUUCUAGCGAUUACAGCUAUAUCGACUUUAUGGCCGAGCAAGGUUAUACAACAUUCUCUUAUGACCGUCUCGGUGUGGGCGCUUCAGCUCAUCCAGAUCCAAUUCAAGUCGUGCAAGCUCAGAUGGAAGUCGAAGUCGCGCACACAUUGAUUCAAGGUCUGCGAUCUGGUUCUUAUUGCACAACCAAAUUCCAAAAAGUCAUCGGUGUUGGCCAUUCCUUAGGAAGCAUUCUCACCACCGGCGUCGCCAGUCAAUAUCCAGCAGAUCUCGACGCCGCUGUUCUCACAGGCUUCAGUAUCGACGCAGCAGGCUUCCCAGUCUUCUUCGCUGGCUUGAACCUCGUAAUAGCUAAAGAGAACAACCCUCUUCGUUUUGGACUUCUCCAAAACGGCUAUAUCGUCUCCGACACCAAAGUCAGCAACCAAUUCGGUUUCUUCCGCUAUCCAAACUUUUCGCCCGCGGUUCUCGACGCGUCUGAGAGAGUUAAGCAAACCCUCUCGAUUGGAGAGUUCUUCACGAAUGCCAUGGUCCUGGCUCCGGCCCCUGAGUUCACCGGCCCUAUCGAUGUCGUAGACGGCGAGAAUGAUCUUCCAUUUUGUCAGAGUAACUGUUUGAAUAAUGGGAAUAGAGCGGCGGAGGUCAAGGGUGCGUUGUUCCCGGCUGCGAGUGCGGGAAGUGAUAGUUAUAUACUUAAGGGAGCUGGUCAUGGGUUGAAUCUGCAUUAUGGGGCGAAGGAUGCUUAUAAGCAUAUCGCCGGAUUUUUGGCAAAAAAUGGUUAUUAA